GGCCUGACCCAGGCUACAUACAAGGUCGUCUGCAGCAGCCAAUGACAUCGCUGGAUUGUAACCACGUGGUACCCGGGUACGCACCAUCUUCGCGACCCUAGCUCUGCAAAGCACUGUGCUGUCAGUCAGCCUGUCAAAGGCUGGGAUUUGCGCAGUGCUUUUCGGCACACAACCCGAAUUGCAAGUUGGUCAAGGGAAAGGGGCCGCUGUUUGUGGUGCUGUUCUUCUACACAAGUUCCCCCGCCUGCAGCAUGAAUAACCUCAACUCUCUGCGCAACGUGAAGCUGCCUCCUGCGGGCGCAGCCUCCCGUCUGCUGCAGCUGGCGGUGCUGGGGGGCCUGGGGGUGUACGGCGCAGCCAACAGCCUAUACAAUGUGGAGGGAGGGCACCGCGCCAUCGUGUUCAACAGGAUCGUGGGUAUCAAGGACAAGGUGUAUCCGGAGGGCACACACUUGAUGAUCCCCUGGUUUGAGCGGCCCAUCAUCUAUGACGUCCGCGCGCGCCCCAACCUUGUGGAGAGUGUCUCCGGCAGCAAGGACCUCCAGAUGGUGCGCAUCACGCUGCGGGUGCUGACGCGGCCCAUGGCGGACCGGUUGCCGCACAUCUACCGCACGCUGGGCAUGGACUACGCCGAGAGAGUGCUGCCCUCCAUCGUGCAGGAGACGUUGAAGUCUGUGGUGGCGCAGUACAACGCCAGCCAGCUCAUAACCCAGCGUGAGGUGGUGAGCCGCGAGAUCCGGCGCAUCCUGCUGGAGCGUGCGGGCUUCUUCGACAUCGCCCUCGAUGAUGUCUCCAUCACGCAGCUGACCUUUGGCCGCGAGUACACGGCAGCUAUUGAGUCGAAGCAGGUGGCCGCCCAGGACGCUGAGCGGGCGCGCUUUGUGGUGGAGAAGGCAGAGCAGGACAAGAAGUCGGCCAUCAUCCGGGCCGAGGGAGAGGCCACCAGCGCGCAGCUGAUUGGCGACGCCAUCAAGAACAACCCCGCCUUCAUCACGCUCAGGAGGAUCGAGGCCGCGCGUGACAUUGCUGGCACCAUCUCGACGUCCUCCAACCGCGUCUUCCUCAACUCGGACAGCCUGCUCCUCAACCUGGACGAGGUGGACACAGGCGUCACCGCCAAGUAGGCCCCCGGCCCUUCCUGUACAGUGGCAACCGCAGCCGGUAUGAAGUGGGCGGGGGGGUCCAGCAGGGCGGGCAGGCUCCGCAGGGGUGACUGUUGCAGGAGAGCCUACGGUGGACCAGUGACCGACCAUGUCAUGCUGCUUGAGAAGGAGCCAUCGUUUCGAGCAGCCAUGACCUCCUUAGUUUCACCGGUAGAUUAGUUAAAACGGUCCGCUCGUUCUGAUCAAGUGACUUGAUCAGGCAGCUUUGCAUAGGAAGCCAAGCUGGAGUGCGCCUCGUACGUGGCACGCUAGUCAUGCCAGACUUGCUUCAGGUUAGACACUGGUCGUCUGCGCAAUAGACAGGCUGCUGCCAAGGUUUGUUGACCGCAAAGCUUGUCUGCAUCGGCCAUGCGACGCAAGGAUUGACAGAUUGCUUUCAGACGUGCCAUGUGCUUUGAAACCAGCAGUGUCGCCGCAAUAUGCUUGAUUGGGUGUCAUGCAAGCUGUUUAACGAACAAAUCAGCA